AUAAACCUUUAUUGCAGGGAGAACUGAACUGAGAUAAAACUGUUUUUGUUAUUGUAGAAGUUUUGGAUUGCACGUGUUCCAAUCUUACGGUGUUUACUAAAAUUACUCAUGGAGGUAGAAAUUAUACAAUCUGCUGGAGUUGCAUCAAUUAAAAAAGAAUUUCUUCUGCAAGAUCAUGUUCGAGAAAUAAAUCUAGAGUUUGUAGCAGCUAAAGAUAAAAAACGAGUUGCUGGUGAAGAUAAUUUGAAUGAUUCUAAUGGCCCUCCAAAGAAAAAGCUCAAAGGUCAGAAUAAACAUCGUCCAAGAAACCAAAAGACUCCAAGAUCAGAUAAACUAUGUUUCAAAAUAGGAUUGGAAGGAUCUUGUCCAUUCGGAGACAGUUGUUGUUACAGUCAUGAUGUUGAGACCUACUUAGCAAAAAAGCCACCAGACAUAGGUUCUACUUGUUAUUUAUAUAGAACUUAUGGAAAGUGUCCAUACAGUUUUUCUUGUCGAUUUGCUUCAGAUCAUAUUAAAGAUGGUAAAAAUAUGAUUUUAGAGGAAAUCUUAGCAAAUUAUAAAGAUCGAGAUUUAUUUGUUAACACUUUGACAAAAAAUUUGCAAAUUUCUUUAAGAAAGCGUAAUUAUGACUUUAAAAAAUCAGAUGAAGCAUUUAAAAACUUUAAUGCAACAGUUCAAUCUAACAAAGCUAAAAGAAAUCCAGUCAUUAACAAUACUGAGUAUUUAGAUGCAACAAGUUCUGACGUUCUUAAGGAUCAGAAGAAAGAUAUUUUAGUGGAAGAGAAAAAUGUACCUUCAUUUAAUAAUGGAAAAACUGAAGAAACAAGCAGAACUGAUGUCAAACCAUUAGAGGACUUAUCUUCAGUUUUAAACUGUGAUCAAAACGUUUUAGAAAAUUCAGUGGAAGAAAAUGCUUGUAUUCAAUCUAAUAAAGAUAUUCCAAGCAUAUCUGAAGAGUCAAAUGUUUUAAUCGACAAACCUUGUUCAAAAUUAGAGCUUAUUGUUCCUCCCAAAGUUAAAGAUGUAGAUUGUUCUUUGAUGGAACCUGAAUUUAAAAAGAUUGACUUCAAGAAUAAGUUGUACCUUGCUCCUCUUACCACUGUUGGCAAUUUACCAUUCCGCAGAAUUUGUAAAGAGUUUGGAGCUGAUAUCACUUGUUCUGAAAUGUCAGUGGCCUUGAGUUUGCUGCAAGGUCAACAAUCAGAAUGGGCUCUUUUGAAAAGACAUCAUUCUGAAGAUAUAUUUGGUAUACAGCUAUGUGGAUCUCAUCCUGAUGUUAUGACUCGGUGUUGCCAAGUUUUAUCUGAAAAUGCAUCAUUUGAUUUUAUAGACAUAAAUAUGGGAUGCCCUCUGGAUGCUAUUUAUAAAAAGGGUGCUGGAUGUGGCCUAAUGAACAGAAUGAAGAAGUUAGAAGGCAUUGUGUAUGGUAUUUCUUCAGUUAUUGAUAAACCUUUAACCUUGAAGAUGCGUACAGGAAUAUAUGGACAAGAAAACAUUGCUCACAAUGUUAUUGAAAAAGUCAAGCUAUGGAAAACUCCUAUUUCUCUUAUUACUCUUCAUGGCCGAUCUAGAGAACAAAGAUACACCAAAUCAGCUGAUUGGGAUUAUAUCAAAAUGUGCAGCAAACUUGCAGACCCCAUUCCGUUAUUUGGCAAUGGAGAUAUUUUAUCCUAUGAAGAUUAUAACAUGCAUAUAGCAGAAACAGGUGUAUCAGGUGCAAUGAUUGCUAGGGGUGCAUUAAUUAAACCUUGGAUAUUUAAAGAAAUAAAGGAUCAAGUGCACUGGGAUAUUUCAUCUAGUGAAAGACUUGACAUAAUAAAGAAGUAUACAAAUUAUGGAUUAGAGCAUUGGGGAUCUGACACAGAGGGAAUCGAGAAAACUAGACGUUUUUUAUUGGAAUGGCUGUCAUUUUUAUACAGAUAUAUUCCUGUUGGUUUAUUAGAACGCCCACCACAACGUAUCAAUGAAAGGCCACCUCCUUAUUUUGGACGAAAUGAUUUGGAAACUUUAAUGGCUAGUCCAAGUUGUAGUGAUUGGAUCAAAAUAAGUGAAAUGCUGUUGGGACCUGUUCCAGAUGGUUUUAUUUUUCUACCAAAGCAUAAAGCUAAUGCUUAUAAAUAACAAAAAAAAAAUUAUGUAAAAUCUGAAAAUUUGUUUAAAAAAUAAAACAACCCUGUAAAGAAA